AGCCCCUCGGGCACUGCAGCGGGGCUGCUGCCACAGGGGGGCCGCGCGCCCUGAGCGCGGGGAACGCCCCUCGAUGGCGCCCAAGAAGAAGCCCGCGAAGGAGGGCGAAGAGGACCCCUUCGACAUCUUCCUGAAGAAGUACACCAAGACUCAGAAGGAGUAUGACGUGCCGAAGAUCGCAAAGGUGCAGGAGAUAAUCAGCCGGACGGAGGAGGAAGGGCCAGUCAAGCAGUGGAACUUCGACGCGGAGUUCGACACGAUGUCCUUCCGGAUCUUGUGGCAGACCUUGAGGCAGACGGGCUUCACCGAGAUCGACGCCAUCCGCUUGUGGAAGUGCAACGGCGGGGACGAGUCCGUGCGGAGCGUGUGCUACUACCUGGAUGGCCCGCAGGAGCCCACGGUGAAGGAGUGGGUGAAGGACGUGGCUUUCACCGACAACGGCGUCACAGCGCUGGGCUGCGAGUUCCUGGGGAGGACUCUGGGCCCGAACGGGAACAAGUUCAUCACCAAGUUGGUGCUUGAUUACAACAAGUUUGGUGCUGCGGGAGUGGAAAAGCUUUCGCUGGGUCUGUCUCAGAACAGCACCUUGAAGCAUCUCUCCCUGAACCACUGCGGAAUCGGCCCCGACGGGGGAGAGUUCAUCGGUCACAUCUUGAUCUUUUGCAAAAGUGCUCUGGAGAUCCUGGAGUUGAAAGGAAACGAUCUUGAGAACCAGGGCGUGAUUGAUGUUUUCAGAGGCGCUCGUAGAGCAAAGGCCUUGCGGCACUUGGACGUCUUCGACAACAAGUUCUCGCUCAACAAUUCAGAGGCACCAGAGGUUCUGAGGGCGUUGCGAGAUCUGUUCACUGCCAACACAAAUCUUGUGUCAUACGAUCUGGGUGCCAACAGAAUAUCUGAUGAAGGCGCGCAGGAUCUGGUUAAGGACAUGCGGGACAAAGGCCAUACUCACCUCCAGUCGGUGAUGGUGACCGAAAGGUGCAUGACAGGAACUUUUGCGGAACUGGAGCUCCAGCUUAGCAAGGGUAAGGGAAAGAAGAAAGGAAAGAAGAAAAAGUAGUGGUGCAAGCGGCAGUUGGACUUCUAAUAGGGCCGCGAGACAGUUUGGGUUGCCUUCUGCCGUCUUUCGUCGGAUCGCCGCGUCGCUGCGCCUUUUCAGCUCGAGCUGCCGGAUUUAGUAUCGGAGUGCCUAGUCGGCCUGUCGGGAACUGCAGCCACCUUGGAUUCCUGGUUUACUGGAACAUAUCAAUCAUCA